AUGCAGCAAGGCUCAGGCUCAGGCUUUGGAUCGAGUAAUGGCUCGGGAUUUGGAUCAGGCUCUGGAUUCGGCUCAUCAGGAGCGGCGGGCUCAUCCGGCUUCAGCGCCUUCGGCCGACCACAGCAAACUCCAUCGGCGUCGACAAGCAGCAGUGCCCCUCCCAACACUUUCUUUCGGCCGCCAGCCAACAGCGCAUCAUCUUCGGCCUUUGGAUUCAACAAUAGCCAGCAGCAGGCCCCACAACAAAGCCAGCCGUCCAGCUCGGGUGCGAGUACUCCGCGACCGUUCGGUGCAGGCCCACGGCCUCCAUUUCAGCAGUCCAGCUUUGGUGCGCCUCGCCCUUUCAGCGGCGGGCAGCAGCCUCGACCCCAGCAUACAGGCUUCAACUCGCCUCGUCCGUUCUCGAGCGAUCAACCGGUACAAUCACAAGCGCAACAACAGACAUCGUUCGGAAGCAGACCAAGGCCCUUCACCUCGCGCUCCAAUGGCCCAGGCAUGUCACAAGAGGGCCGACCUCCAAGCUCAAAUUCAUUUCGUGGUGGGAGAGGUGGCGGCACGAUUCGUCCCAUCAAGCCAUUUGCUUCGCAUAUGACUCACAAUCAGCAGACGACCUCCAUACCUGGUAGCGAGGCUGGCAUGGAGGCCGGUCCGAGCAAUCAGCAUGCUCCUCGACCAAGACCGAGACCUUUCGCCAACAAGUCGACGACGUUCAACACACAGCCACAACAAUCCACGCCAAGCUCGACUUUUGGCAAUGAGACGAGCGCUCAAAGCUCAGGCUCGACAUCAGCGUUCGGGGCGUCUGCAAACAGCGACAGCGCCGCUGCUCGAUCUUCGUUCAACCAAUCGACCUCAUCUCUCUCCUCGACACAAACACCCAGCAACUUUGGAGCAAAUUCGUCGGCAUUUGGGGCUGGUGCGGGCGCGAGCAAUGCUGCUCCAGCGACGUCAGCAUUCGGAGGUGCUUCGACGCAGAAUACAGCUCCUACUUUCGGCUCGAUGUCGCAAUCUUCAGCGUUUGGCAGCUCGACGAACACUACUGCUUCUGGCUCUGCUUUUGGAUCGGGUCUACCCAAUCCGGCCUUUGGUGGCUCUACAUUCUCAGCACCUGCACAAGCUAGCGCUGCUCCCAGCGCGCCCUCCGUCCCGUCAUCCCAGCCUGCCACGAAUACACCUGCGGCUCCAUCCGCUGCACCGACCAGCUCCUUCUCCAACUUUCUCCGCAAAGAUCGCAACGGCACGUCGACACCAGAUCCUGGCGCAGGAAUGUUCAACGACAACAAGGCAGAAGACGAGGACGCGUUGCGCAAGAAGCGCUUCGAAGAUGCUCCUAAGGUCGGCAACCGCUUUCUCCAGAUGAAAGGCGGCAGAGAAGCGCUCCGAAACGCCUACAUCAAAUCCGGCAUCCUUCCGGAUCCCGACAAGCCCACAGACCUCGCUUUGGCGGUGAAGCUCGUCGGAACAUGUGAGGACAUGUGUCCCGAGUUCGAACGCGAGGAACGCGAGUUCCAAAAGGAGCUCGAUCCGCUCGAACUGUACCCAGGCACGGACCGGGUCGACCCUCGCAUCGCUGUCAAGAUCUAUCGACGUCCGGCGGCAGGUCGAGAAUUGCCAUUGCCAGAAGACGUCCGACCCCCUCCGGUUCUCAAGCGCACGCUGGACUAUCUCUUCCACGAUCUCUUGCCCGCUGACCCCAACGACCCGAGAUUCACGCAAGUGCAAGGCUUUCUUUGGAACCGCACACGAGCAGUGCGUCAAGACUUUAUCGUUCAGAGUGAAGGCGGCCCAAUAGCGAUCGAAUGCCACGAACGUAUCGCACGGUAUCACAUACUCUGCCUCCACUGGAGAGGUGGACCUGGUGCGGAAGGCUGGAGUGAGCAGCAAGAGCUCGAGCAGCUGCGCAAGACGAUGCGCAGUCUCAUCGAAUUCUAUGAUGACCAUCGGCGCAAGCUCUCUUCCAGCGUCGCUGGCAAGGGUACUCAACAAGCUUCUCCGAACGAAGCUGAGUUCCGCGCCUACAACCUUCUGCUUCACUUGCGCGACCCCGAGACGCUGCGCGAGGCCGAAAUUCUUCCCGGCAACAUCUUCCGCUCGCCUCUCGUGCAAACCGCAAUCAAUCUGCGCCAGCUGGCGCAACGUUCCAACAACCUCGAAAAGCGCGGACAGCCGCGAAACACCGAGGCGACGCUCAACUUCUUCUCCAAGUUCUUCGCCGAACUGCGCAAGCCGAGCGCCAACUACCUCAUGGCCUGUCUUGCCGAGAACUCGUUCAGCUCGGUGCGCAUCGGUGCGCUCAAAGCCAUGUCCAAGGCGUACAUGGCGCAGCAUCGAGCUAUGCCGAUCGAGAGCAUCCAGCACGUGCUCAAAAUGGAUUCGGCGGAACAGGUCAUCGCUAUGGCAACGCACCUGGGCUUGGAGCUCGAGUUCGAAGCGGAUGAACCGGUGGGCGUCAAGAUCCACCGCAGCGCGGUUCUCAACGAGGACAAGCCGCUGGUGACGCCUUUCAGCACCAGCCUUGUUGAGGCCAAACGUGGGUCUUUCUCUAGCGCCGACGUGGUUGAUGGUCGGGCGUCAGGCGCUAGCGCGAUGCUGCCCUCUACACAAGUGGGUCAAGGCACGGCGACAAGGCCAAGAAUGACACCGUCUUUCGCAGCUCAGACGAGCGCAAUGCCUUCCUUCGGAGUCAAGGCACAGCAGCAGCCUGCGACAGCAUUCGGAGGAGCGAACACGGCUACCUUCGGACAUCAGCAAAAGCAGCCAGGCAUGAGCAAGUCUCUUGCUUUCGAUUCCACGUCGUCAUCGAAGAUGUCAGCUGCUGCAACAUCAUUCACGCCGGCUGCUUCCGGCGAAUCGACUUCUGCCAAGCCGGGCGCCGCUUCUGCUUCAAGUCCAUUCGGAGGCUUCACCGGCUUCGGCAAGAAGGAUGACGAAGAGGUCAAAGCGAGUCAACCCAGCUCCGGUACCUUUGCAAACAAUGCGACGCAGCUUAAGCAAGAACAGGCUUCAAUACCUUCCUUCUUCGGUAACAAAGCAGCACCAAGCGCUGCAUCCUCGUACACGCAGGCCAAACCAGCUCCGUCGCUGUCGAGCUUCUCAUUCGGUCCACCCGCAAAGGCACCAGAGGCGGCUCUAGAAAAUUCUGCGAAGACGAAGCAGGCGGCGGCACCUUCAUACUCUUUCGGUGCUCCGACGAAACCGGCCUCUGGAGCAGCAACACCCUCGAUGCCAUCAUUCUUCGGCUCUUCGCCGUCGGAAAAACCUGCCGAGAACGCAGUCAAGCUCACGGAGACCAAGCAAGACCAUCUCGCGGCAACCGGUCAGAAACCAAAAGAGACCGCAGCAGCGCAGGUAGCGGCAGCAGCCAAAGUUCAGGCCGAGAAGGCAGCUCAAGCGAAGCUGAAGGAAGCAGCGCGCACCCACGCCGUCGAUCGAGCGUACGCACAGCUUUUAGCCGACUUUGCCCGGUCGGUCUCAAGGGAGACCGCAACACGCGUGGCGCACGAAGAGGACGUUCGCCGCCGCGCUGCGUCGCGAGAACAGCUGCUGUCUGGCAUCACCGACAAGCUUUGGCAGCGUUUGGCAGGAGAAUGUGCAGUGGAAGCGGCGGAGCAGACGAGUCAGGUGGCAGCGGCACAUGUGUUCAGGGAGAGAAGCUGUGCGAUGCGAGCUUGGUCGCGGUGGAUGGAGAUGCUGGAGGAACGUAGGGAUCGUGCUCACCAGCAGAGGCGAUUGGAAGACAUCAGGAUGCAGAUCCGAGACAAGAAGAUUCUGGAAGAAACGAGCCCCAUUCGACGAGUCUUUUCCAUCCGUCAAGCUCUGCUAACGGGCGAGCGGCCAAGUGACUCAGCGUUAUCGCCAAGGACGAAGCGCAAGCACGAGGAUCUCUCUUCCGCGACGGCUGACCGACUCCACAACGACGAGGAUCUGACCGAGAAGUGGACAACGGUACGACGUCAACGCAACCAGCUUUGGGCGGAAGGUUCGCUGCUCGAACGGCUGGCCGAUCACGUCGAGGAGCUGCUUUUGCACUUCCGACCGGCCGAAUUGGAUCGUCUGGUGGUGCUGUACUCUGGAGCUCCUGGUCAGCACGUCGCUUCGAGCUGGCUGCGGGUCAAGUUUGGCUUCUCGCCGACUUCGCCAUCUAGCAGCCCGAACAGCGAAGACGGCCGAGACGUGUUAGAGAUCGAUCUCGCAGAUGGAUCGCAGCUCGAGCUGGUCGACGUGACUCCGGCGUCGGACGGCAGUGAGGCCGCGCUCGAUGCGAUCUUGCCGGACGUAGACGGGCACAGACAGUCAGGGCUGGUGAUCUUCGAAACGAGUCCUGCGGCUGCUCGGUCCGGCACGGUGGUCGAACGACAGAAGGCGCUCGCUCAGGAUCGCCAGCGGCUCGAAGAAAUUGCCGGCUGCGACCUCGUGAAGAGCAGUCAGCUCGCCUGUCGCCUGCUCGUCGUCAGCUGGGGAAGUGCGGAGUCCGACACCAAUUGCUCAGCCGCAUCGACGGCGUACGGGGACGAUGAUGUGGAAAUGGCCGACGUCGACUCAGUACCGGCCCGGGUCACAACGCAACGUCCAGCAAGCUCGCUUGCCCUCCUCGGGCUUGAUCCAGCUAAAGUCAUUCGUAGUCAAACAGGCUCUGCCAAUGCCGUGUCUGCAGCUCCCAGCAAGCCCUCUCCCGCGCUAUCGAACGCAUUCGAGCACAUCGGCAUACUCACACUCGACGACGCCUCCGUCUCCAUCGAAAUCGCGCUCACCAGCCUCCUUCCGCAGGUCAUGCCGGACCUGACCCCCAACCCAUCCCUCUACACCAUCACCCGCCGCCAAGCGAGCCUGGAAGACGUUGCGCUCGACCUCUAUGACCAGUGGGCGCGAACUUCGGCGCUGCUCUUCGACCUCACCUCCACCCUCGUCCCCGCUGGACCAGAUGCAAAGGUGGAAGAAAUGGCGUGUAAGGCGCUGCGCAUCCUGACCGCGCUGGCGAACCACAUCCUGCGCACGGUGGUGAGCCUCUCAGACACGCUGUUGGAGGACGACGAGGUUAGGACCAUCAUGCUUCCCCUGCCUAGCGGUGAAGGGCUGGUGCAGAUGGCGCUGAGUCAACUGGACCAGCUCGAGGAGGAGGAGAGGAUGCACCUUCGUUCAAGCCUGCUCUCCUCCUUUUCGCGGGAAGCGGGGCAGCAGAGUCUUGACGCGGUGCUCCGACAACAUGCGGAUCGGUUGUUCAGGCACUCGUUGCAGAAACUCAACGGCGUAUGGAUCAGAACGAAGGAGGGAUCGGAAGCAGAGUGGAGACAGGCAGCGGAGAGGCUGGCGACUUUGUGUGGCGCAGCGGUGGAGGAGGUUGCGGCGGAAACGAGAGGCAUUGCGGCAGAAGGGAGGAGGCGAGGGGAGCAGCAGGUGCCCAGCCCCAUCUCGCCCAGUAAGCGGCUGCGUGUGGGAUCAGAGGCAAGCACGCCGGUCAAGCAGGAAGAGGCCACGAGGGAAGGAGGAAAAGUGAACCAGCUUCGCGAGCUCAUUGCUCGAACAAGGCAAUUCCUCGACACGCCCGCUUCCUCACCACACAUUUGA